AAAUAUCAUCACGUCCCCUUGUGUCAUUGUCUCACUCGCGUCAUGUUUUACUAUUAUUAUUAUCGAUUUCGGAAUAUUUCUCUAUUGAUUAACACGUGGAUUAUUUAGAAAAAAUUCCGUCCAGACAAGAACUGAGACAUGAGUAUCUCUGUUCCCCGCUUCGGAUGACGAAUCGAGUCUACAUAUUCUUCUGUUCCUUGUCUUUCUUCUUCUUCAUUUCUAUUUCUGGUCUUGUAUGUGAGAGGAAAGCGCACGGUACGGAACCAUGGGUACGGUAUUAUCUCCUGUUCCUGGCGUUGUACUCCCUGCGUCGGGUCGAGGUUUAAAUACGUUUUUGGUUUUAGCUUUUCGGACUGGAGGAUUGUAUUUACCCGUAGAAGGGUGAAGUUUCUGUGUUUGGUUUGAUGCUCUUUUGAAUAAGUGAUGUUGUUUGUGAAAUCGAACUUGAUGAGAAUUUUCUCUGUGUAUUAGAUAACAAAUUGCAGGCAGAAUAUGUCCGAGGCGUUGUUAGCUUCUGUAGCAGUGAAGUGUAUGGUGUAUCUUGGGUCUUGGCUCUUUUUGCUGCAAGGGGAGCGCCAGACGAUUUAAAGUUGCGCACAAAUCAAGAAACCAACUCUGGUGGGGUUUCUUUGUCUUUCUCGUGGAUGUUGUUCGUAUGCAAUUCAUCAAUAGAUGGUGAGUUAGGUUGUGUGUUCGUUAUGUGUUCUUCAGCGGUGGUACCACUUCCAAGUAUGGAUAUCGUUGAGCGCGUUGACUAAAUAGCGCACUGGGGAAGAGAACGUUAGCAACUACUCUAGUCUACCAGACA